AUGGUGUGUUUGUUUUUCGACCAAAUUCUAAUUACAAAUGGUACUAGAGUUGCUGGUAGUGGGACUCAAGGAUCUGCUAAUGAACAAUUCAAUUGGCCAUAUGGAAUAUUUGUGAGCGACAAUGGUACCAUCUAUGUUGCAGAUCACAGUAAUAAUCGAAUCAUGAAAUGGCUCGCAGGAGCAUCAUCUGGCAUCCGUGUGGCUGGUGAUGGAACAUCUGGUUACAGUUUAACACAAGUGAAUUCACCUACGGAUGUGAUUGUUGAUGAGAAUGAAUUCAUGUAUAUCACUGAGGCGGGUAGCACGCGGAUCACCCGAUGGGCUCCUAACUCGUCGUGUGGAACAUGUAUUGUUGCAUGUUCGGGGACAACAGGAGCUGCACAAAAUCAGCUCAACCGGCCCCACUCA